UGUGUGCUUGGAGGACCUGAGCCACCUCCACCCCACCCCUGGGGCUUCCUGCCCCAGGAGGAGGAGGAGGAGGAGACGCGGGUGCCCCCCGGGGGACGUGACAGCGGUGACGACGAGCCCCCGUCCUGCACCCCCUGGCCCCCAAGCCCCACCCCACCUACCACCAGCCACACCAGUCCCCACAGCAGCCUCCGUCACCCGCCCCACACCAGGAGCACCUGCCCCAGGACUGCCUGCCCCGCCCCCACAAGACACCGCCCCCAGCCUCCCCUGUCCAGAAGGAGCGCGCCCCUCACAGUUCCAUUACCCUUAUGAUGCAGCCAAGGGGACUGACGCCACCACCACCACCACCACCACCACCACCACCACCACCACAACAAGGGUUAUUCAAGUGGGGAACAUGCUUCAGGUGUUGCCCCAAGAUGCCUCAGCCCCGCAGCCCCACUCCGCCAUGAUAGUGCAGGCAGGGAAUGUCAUACAGGAGGCCACGUCGGAGGUGCCUGUGGUGGGGUCGCCAGUUCCGGAGUACGAGGUGGAGGAGGAAGAGGAAGAGGAGGACGAGGAGGAGGCACGGAUGAGGAAGAAGAAAAGAUCAUUAGCUGUAGCCCUCCCUCCAGCUGAUAAGGGGAUAUUAAUGAGGCCUUCCUACAGGCCUUGGCUUCCUGCGGCCUUCACCCUGCUCAUGACACAUGAAUCCACGCCGGCCGGGACCUUACGCCUUCGAUUACUCCCGCAGCCCAGCCCGCCCCUACCACCACAGCCCGCACACCCUAGAGCGCCCCCCACAUGCUGGCCUCUUCCCUGCUUCACGGCCAGGCCAGAUGGCUACUCAGUGCGUGGCGUGGCGGCCUCAGGGCGUGGCAGCCGCCACACCCCCGAGGGCUCCCCGCCCCCAGACCACUGCCACGGCCCACACACCCCAGAGCGCCCUCCACAUGCUGGCGGCUUCCCUGCUUCACCGCCAGGCCAGAUGGCUACUCAGGGUGUGGCGGCUGCCACACCCCCGAGGGCUCCCCGCCCCCAGACCACUGCCAGUACCACAGCCCCGUGGUGCAGUACCACAGCAGCAUCAGUCCUCCCUUCUCCCGCAGCCCCCCGUGGAGCCCCGAUGGGGGGCGCCGCGCCAGCCCCACAGGGUGGCGCAGUCCAUGCUACCAGCACCACCACCACCACCACUACACUGCCCCACCCCGCGACCGCUGGAGCCCCCAGCGCUCCCCACGCCGUGUUACCGUGUUACCCGCUCUCUGUUACCCUCUCCCCGGGGCGCCGCUCAUCACCCCCAGACCGCCGUGCCUCCCCGGAGCGGGGCCGCUCACCACCCAGCCGCUCCCCACGCUACUCCCCGCGCCAUUCCCAUUCCCGGGGGCUGAGGUCCCCCUGCCGCUCCCCCUCCCCACUGGGUGAGGUGUACCCCUACGAGCGGCGGGGCUGGGGCUGCGCAGCCAGGGAGUGGGAGGCUCUCACCACCACCAUCACAGCCCCAAGGCAGAGCAGAGAAAUAGGGAGGGCAAGGGCUAUGGGUACUCUCCCCCUGCGACAGUAUUUGAUGACGACCUCCGGAUCAUGAGCGAGGCAGAGAUGUUCUCCAUGGGGUUCCACAAGGGGGAGAACAGCGAGUCUCCCCCACCCCCCGCUCCCCCUCCCCCAACACCCUCGAUGCCAAGUCUUUGGGUACUCUCCCAGCCGUGUCACAGCUGAUGAUGAUGAUGCCACCCCCACCCCCAGCCUGAGCCACCCUCCACCCACCCCAGCCCUCACCAAGCCUCCUCCAGUAACCACCACCACCACCACCACCACCACCAGCGACGUAACACCCCACCCCACCCCUCCCCAGACCACAGAUCCCAGACUGUUGGAUGUGACGCCACAAGACACAGGGCUUCGUAACACCAGUGCACGGUGAUCAAGACAACACUGGACCAGAAAGACGCAAAGUACAGGGAACAACACAGUGCUUCUUCAUUUUAGGUGAGCCAGAAUGAGCUUGUUAAACUGAGCGGCCUCUUCAAGUACCACUGGAACUGUUCGUCAGAGGAGGAGGAGGAGGUAAGGGAGUGCGCCAAGACCCUUUACAGCGGUGCAAUGGAGUGGAGGGAGAUGAGGAGAAAUUUGAAAGAGAACAGAAGUAGAAUGACAUCAGAUAGCAGGAGUCCUUAGGAUUUAGCACAAUAAGAUCAAUAAUUCUCUUACAUGAGUGACCUAAAGUAAGGCAGUUUAGUCUGGCCUAACUUAACUGACCUACCUAUUUCUGUUAUGAGCUAAGAUAGGCUAUGUUAGGUUAUAUUAAAUUAUAUAAUUAUUAUUAUUUUUUCAUCAUUAUUAUUAAAGAAGAAAUAGAACCGAGAAAAUAAAGUUAAAAAUUAUUGUUA